AUGCCUGAUUCAAAUAAAACGUCUAGCAGAAAAUUGAAGAGCUUUACGCAAAAUUGGGAAUUUAAAAUUGCAAUAUUCGUCAUCCUUUAUUUUGUGUUUUCACAUUAUGUCUUGGAGAACACACAUAUUGUUAAGGAAAGGGGUUUACGCAAACAUUUGAAAGUGAUUCCUGAAGAGGUUGUUUCCUAUUAUGAGAAACAGCCAUUGGAAAAUUCUGAAAAAUUGGCAUAUGUACAGUAUGCUACGAAUUAUGAUUACCUCAAUUUGGCGAUAUUGAAUUUUGCUCAUCUUCGAGAGGGCAAUACCCAGGUUCCCAACUUGGUGAUUUUAUACGACGAAAUACUACAGCAUCACACUUCUCACAAGUGGAAUAACUUGUACCAGGUGGCAAAUCACUACAAGAUUACCUUGAAACCAGUUCCUUUGAUCAAGGUCAACUAUAACGACGAUACCCCGUGGGCCGCAUCUUUUACAAAAUUUCAUGUUUUCAAUCAAGUGGAGUUUGAUAGAGUUGUUUACUUUGAUUCAGACUCAAUGUUAGUGAGUCCAAAGGUCGAAAAUGGUGAGAUAACUAGUACGUAUUCAAAUAUUGAUGAGUUAUUCAAAAUACCAAAAGAACUUGAGUUUGUCUUACCACAAGCAUAUUGGUUAAAUAAUGUAGUUGAAGGAAAAUCACCGUUGAAAUAUAAGAAAAAGUUGGACAUUCCCGAUGCAAAGAGAUAUGGAUUGAGGAUGAGAAAGUUGGUGAAUGAUAUCUCUGAAACCAAGGAUUGGAGAUUGUUACCCCUGUUGAUAUUUGAGGCACACAAAUUUGAUAAUCCUGAUAACUUUUUUGCCAACCACGUCAUGGUAGUUACCCCUUCCAAAACCACCUUUGACCGUAUAAUGGAAUACGUACAUAACCCCUUCACCUGGUCAUUAACUAACAGGAAAAACUUGCGCAAGAAAUCAGAAUACGAUAUGGAAAUUUUGAACAAGUAUUUGGACAAUGAACUACAAAAAGGUACCACUAAUGUAGGUAUCCUACCACAUCGAGUUUACGGUGUACUAACCGGAGAAUUCCGCGAGCCAUGGCAUGAAAGAUUUGUGGUUGAACCUCAGUACUUGCCUUUUAUCAAGAAACGUUCCAAUCGAGGAUGGGACGCAAUGGAAACUUUACAAAGAGUGAAACUAAUUCAUUUUUCCGAUAGUCCAAUACCUAAGCCAUGGGAAGUGGAGGAAGAUGACGAUGAAUAUGAGCAUCCAUAUAAUGCUAAAUUGAUUUAUUGCAAGACAGGAAACAUGACAGAGUAUCGUGCCAAAUACUCUCAUUUUAAACCUCGCCUUGUUGAUGAUUGUGACAGUGUUGAAAUUUGGAAUUGGUUGCGAAAGGAAUUCAAUAGAGAGAAAGAGGGUGUAUGGUAUAGUGAGUGA